UUUAAAUACAUGCACACUAGCGAUAAGAACUGCAAGUGUCAGCAAAACCAAUAUCGGCCAUUCAAAGUGCAAAGCCCUAGCUUAACAAAGCACUGCAAAUUCAGCAAAAUAUUCAUAGAUUAUCAACCGUAUAAAAGCCAGUGUCAAUAGUGCUAUCAGUAGUUGAGUUUAGCAUUCAUUCAUUUUCAUAUAAUGCGUCUCUCUUACAUUCUUCUACUUGUCUGUAUAUUUGCCCUGGCUAAGGCCGGCACGUGGCGGCAGUCACAGGACUAUAAUACGAGUGACGAAGAGGUCCGACCAAGCUGGACUCAUAGACACUCUGAGAUGUGGCCCUGUGAUGUCGCCGAUUAUCCAGAAGCCUAUCUGCUCAUACACAAAGUUGAGAAGCGUCUGGAGCGCAUAGACAACGAGCAACUAAAAACCAGAGUCGUAGACUAUGUGGUGGGCCAGUUGAGGCAGUGUAAGACAGGCAAUGACAUGGACGAGCACUGUGUCAAACGCUCCAUUGGCUAUGCAAUGUCCUUUAUAAACCGCAACAAAAGGCAACAGCUGUAAUGUUAUUUAA